GGAGGUCAUUUCCACCGCGGGGGCACUGGACGAAACAAGCAAUCAUUCCAAGCCUCUGCAGAGAUCCCAGUGUGCCACUUUACCAUCAUGGCGACCAUUGUGAUGGAGAGCAUCGGGCGAGUGUUCAUCAGCCUGCAGCAGAUCCGGGGGGUCCCGCGGAUGCUGACCGAGGCGGCGCCCUCCAUGCCCGGCACCGUGAGAGACACCGAGGUCCCCUACUACUUCAGGGAGCGCUACGUCUGCGCCGGCUACCGGCCGCUCAACCAGAACUGGCGCUACUACUUCCUGUCUUUAUUCCAGCGACACAACGAGACCAUCAACGUCUGGACUCACCUGCUGGCGUUCCUCGUCCUCCUGGUCAAAUUCCGGCAACUCGGCGAGACCGUGGACUUCGCGGGCGACCCUCACUCGUGGCCGCUGCUGAUCCUCCUCCUGUCCUCCCUGACCUACUCGGCGUUCAGCGCCGCGGCUCACCUGCUGGGCGGCAAGUCCGAGGUGUGGCACUACUUCUUCUUCUUCCUGGACUACGUCGGGGUGGCGCAGUACCAGUACGGCAGCGCCGUGGUUCACUUCUACUACGCCGUGGACGAGGGCCUGCACGGGCACGUGCGCGGCGUCUUCAUGCCCGCCGCCGCCUUCCUCAGCUGCCUGUCGUGCCUGGGCUGCUGCUACGGUAAGUACCGCAACCACAGCCUCCCGACGUGGGUGCGUAAGGUGUGCCAGGUGGUGCCGUCGGCGCUCGCCUACACGUGGGACAGCAGCCCCGUGGUGAAAAGACUCGCGUCGUGGUCGGCGGGCGGCGGCGGCGACGACCCGGCCAUCGUGUACCACUUCUACCAGGUCGGCUUCUUCCUCGGCUGCUCCUUCUUCUUCACCUUCCCCCUGCUGGAGCGCUGCUUCCCCGGCCGGUGCAAUUUCGUGGGACAGAGCCAUCAGAUGUUCCACGUGUUUCUGUCUUGCUGCACCCUGUGUCAGAUCCACGCGUCCCACCUGGACUACGCGGGCCGCAGGAAGCUGUACUCGCGGCUGCACGGCAGCGGCGAGGCGGCCGCGUUCGCGGGCCUGUACGCCGCCACGUUGGCCGCGUGCGCGCUCAUCGCCGCCCUCAUGCUGAGGAAGGCCAAGCGAGUGCUCGACGGCGACGCCAAGUCCAAGUAAAAUAUUAGAUGUCGUGGAGGAGCUUUUUGCAAAAGCGUUAAUGUGCCUUCUGGUUCCAGACUAAGUGCUUUGAUGUAAAGGGAGAUAAUUGUACUGUUUACGCUGCUGGCUUGUUUUCGGAUGGAGGCAGAUGACAGAGGAUUGUGGGAGUUUGUAUUUUGGUACCAAUUUGUUUUAGAAUUUGUAAAAUCAUUCACAGUAUCACGGAUCAACAAAGGGAGGUGCUUUUUCUAAAAAAGUGUUAUUAAAUCUUGCAUAUUACACACCAGUAUGUGAUCAUCUAUAUCAGGGGUGUCAAACUCAGCAUCAUGGCCGCCCUCUUAAAGGGCCGGAAACACUUUAUAAACUCCUCAAAUAUAUAGUUAAAUAACUCUCUUUGCAUUUGAUUAUUGUACAUAAGAAAUAUUGAAAUAUUGUACAUAAGAAAAUGUCUCUAAUAUUACAACAUAAAUCCAUUAUUUCAAAAUAAAAGCACAAGAUAUUUUUCUUCAAUUUCUUUAAGAAAAGGUGAUCACGUGUCUUUAAAGCCGCCAGGGGCCACAUAAAGUGAUGCGGCGGGCCGGAAUCGGCCCACGGGCCUUGUGUUUAACACCUGUGAUCUAUAUGAUCACUGCUGUUUCUGAUCAUUAUAGAUGACAUGCAUUCUGAUUCGCUCAAUUAUCUUUUUUUUUAAAGGUUUUUUAUUUUUUAUUUUAUCUUACACUACUGGAAUAAUAUUUGGAAUACCAGCGGAAAUGUGGAAAUAUAUAUUUUGAUAGUCAUUGACAUUGAAUAAGUGUUUUGUUAUUCAUGCUUUUGGCAUACUUCUCCACAAAAUAUUGUACUUAAAUGUGUUUAUUGUAAUUAUAGAAGGAACUGAAAGGAAUUUAAAAGAAAUUUAACGUCACAGUUGAACUUCAUACAUUCAGAGAAUGUGCCAUCUUACAGUUUUUACUACGUAUGGAGCCUGUUGUCACAGUUGUGCCUUAGGAGACAAUUGUUUCCACAUUUAUCUAACAUUUAGCCGAAAGUUGCUUCUGAUUGUUACAGAAAAUAUCUUGAAGUAAUGUUUCAUACGCGCAGGUUAGAAAUCUUUGAUGAGAAGCUUUCAUUGGCCCAUUGAAACUCUUUCACACAUCUUCCAUUUUAAAGUACUUUUAGAUAAAUUCAUUCACAGACUUUAGACUGUUUUUUAAAAUAAAGCCAGAUAUUUUUUUACGAGAGAUCUAAUUUAUAAUAAAGUCUUAAAAAUGCAUACGUCUUUUCUUAGACAUGAGUAUUCAUGUGUGGACAGUUUUGUAUUGCGUAUAUAUUCAGAUGUCAACAAUCACUGUGUUAAUGGGAAUCUUGGUUGUGUCCUUUGAGACCGACCAUGAGGGAAAACUGAAUGUAGAUGUUACAUGAAAUGUAAUAAUGAUAAAGGUACUGUUGAAAUGUAUGUCUUUGUGAGAUAAUAAUGCGUACUACUGACCAAGAUGUAAACACAGUGCGGUUUGAAACAAUCUUUUCUUGCCACUGUGUAAAAAAUUCUCAAGUCAAAUGACUGAGAGGUUCCAGAUGGAUGAGAAGAAGCUUAUCAGGAGAGCGUUGACCUUUGCACACUGUUCGAGGAGCAAUAUGUAUACAUGUUAUCUUUCAUUGUUAUCUUUUAAAAUCCAGUAUAGUAUGCACACAGCCGAUUAGAAUAGAGUGCCGAUUGCCUAACUUUAUUUUCACUGACUUAAAAGGCAGGAACAAAAGUUAAAUCCCAUUUAUAUGCUCUGAACCACGGGUCUACAACAAUCUAAAGUUUCACAAAAUAUCUACAUCCGUUUUUUCUUUUUCUUCAUUUCUUUCCAGUCAAAUUCACAGACAUCCCGCUUCCCUAAAUAUGGCUUUGCCAAACAGCUGUUAACUCAAUCAGGAGAGAAAAGUUAAAAUUCAGAGACUAGACGGUUGACGGUUUGUUCUUAUAAACAUGCGAUGAAGGACCAAGUCUGCACGGGGAGACUCGGAGUCGAAGGGCGUCUGAGCAGCAGCGAGAUAAAGGAUUUAUUAUUCAUAAAGUAGCUACUGACUUCUUUUAGUUUCCAGGUAACUGAAGCUAAGCGUUAACAAAGCUAUAGCUAGCUUCUAGCAAGCAAUUCAACAUCCACUAAUCUUAAUUAUGUACUAAUGUUGUUCAGGAAAACGUUUAGCGGACCUUUGAACUGCGUCGAAAUAAUAGUUGAGCUACAUAACAAUGUCGAGGGAGCAGCCGCCGUGGAUACUGGAAAUAAAUCCAGGGUACGGCGGCCUUUUUAGCCGUAGGCGAGUUGGCUACGCAGAAUUUCCCGAUGUUCAAAACGUGUGUGGUUGAACGGCCGCCAUUUUUAUCCACACGUCCUCACAGCUUACAAAACAUACCUGUUGAAGGCGUCGUAGCCUAUGAAUAAACCUGGUUGUGGUUAACUGUC